GUUUAGAAUUUAGAUUGUCAAAAAUGGCACGUCAGCAGCAAGACGUGGACGAACUGUUCGAAGUUAAAAACUAUUUCUACAUAGGAAAUUACCAACAAUGUAUAAACGAAGCCCAGAAGUUAAAAAAGCCCUCCACACCCGAAAUUGCCAUCCAAAGAGACAUCUUCACUUACAGAUCGUAUAUGGCUCAAAACAAAUUCUUGGUAGUGCUAGAUGAAAUCCACGGAGCGUCACCUGAGGAAAUACAGCCCUUAAAACUCCUUGCGGAUUACUUGGCUGGAAAACAGAAAAAGGAGACAGUCGUAGCUCAAAUAGACCAACAGAUUUCCGCAAAUGCCAGCAACGAAACUCUAAUACUAGCAGCUGCUACCAUUUACAUGAAUGAGAAUAAUCUCGAAGCUGCUUAUAAAGUAUUACAUGCUUCUGAAAGCCUAGAAGCUAUGGCAUUUAUCGUGGACAUCCUCCUCAAAUUAGACCGUGUCGAUUUGGCUAGAAAGAAGUUGAAAGAGAUGCAGGAUAAAGAUGACGAUGCUACACUGACACAGCUCGCUCAAGCUUGGAUUAAUGUUGCUUCAGGUGGUGAUAAGUUGCAGGAUGCCUAUUAUAUUUACCAAGAGCUCGUUGAUAAGUACGGGUCUACUCCGUUGUUGUUGAACGGUCAAGUUGUCACUUUUAUCGGUCAGGGGAAGUAUGAAGAAGCUGAAGCUGCGUUGCAAGAGGCACUGGACAAAGAUUCCAAUAAUCCUGAUACUUUGGUGAAUAUGAUUGUCCUUCAGAGGCAUCUAGGGAAGGCACCCGAGAUUGCGAACAGGUACCUUUCACAGUUGAAGGAUGCCAACCCAGAUCACCCUUAUAUCAGGGACCUGAAGCAAAAAGAAACAGAUUUUUCCAGGAUUUGUCAACAGUAUUCUCCGUCGAAUCCUGCCAUUCCAGCAUAAUUGGAAAAUUUAAAUUAUUUUAUAUAAUUUUGGUAAAUAUUGUAAAAUAAUUUUAUUUUAAUGUAAUGUAAGAA